CCCCCCGGCCCACCAUCAUCAACGCGGAGAACCUCAAGGGCCUGGAUGACCUGGACACGGAUGCCGACGAUGGCUGGGCAGGCCUCCAUGAGGAAGUGGACUAUUCUGAGAAGUUGAAGUUCAGUGAUGACGAAGAGGAGGAGGACGUGGUAAAGGAUGGCCGGCCACAGUGCUGGGACCCGAGGCGGCAGCGGGGGCUGUCAAUGAGCUCUGUGGACAGUGCUGAUGCCAAGCGUGCCCACGAGGAAGGAAAGGACUGGGGCGAGACGGUGGGAGUGGCUCGCGUCGGCCGGAAGGUGCCAGAACCUCAGCCCCCUCCGAGGAAGCUUCACAGCUGGGCCUCAGGCCCUGAGUACCAGAAGGCCUCCGUGGGCAGCGUGUUCCGGCAGCAGUCGGUCGAGGACAAAGAGGACAAGCCGCCCCCCCGGCAGAAGUUCAUCCAGUCCGAGAUGUCCGAGGCCGUGGAGCGCGCCCGGAGGCGGCGGGAGGAGGAGGAGCGCCGGACCCGGGAGGAGCGGCUGGCUGCCUGCGCCGCCAAACUCAAGCAGCUGGACCAGAAGUGCAAGCAGGCUCAGAAGGCCAGCGAGGCGCAGCGGCCGCUGGAGCGGGACGCGCCCCGGUCUCCAGGCCCCGAGAAGGCGCCGCCGCAGGAGAACGGCCCCGCCGUCCGCAGAGGCUCCCCCGAGUUCUCUGCCCCGGAAGCCCCCAGCACGUUCUCAGAAGAGGCCCCCACAGCUCCUGCGGCUGUGGCUCAGAGCGGCAGCAGUGAGGAGGGGCCCGGGGAGGCUGGGUCCCCUGCGCCGGAGUUCAGCAAGUACCAGAAGUCCCUUCCUCCCAGGUUCCAGCGCCAGCAGCAGCAGCAGCAGCAGCAGGAGCAGCUGUACAAGAUGCAGCACUGGCCGCAGGUGUACCCUCCGCCCUCGCACCCGCAGCGCACCUUCUACGCGCACCACCCUCAGAUGCUGGGCUUCGACCCCAGGUGGAUGAUGAUGCCUUCCUACAUGGACCCUCGGAUCCCGCCCACUCGCACCCCCGUGGAUUUCUACCCCUCGGCGCUGCACCCCUCGGGACUGAUGAAGCCCAUGGUGCCCCCAGACUCCGUCAGUGGGACUAGCUGUCGCUCUGAGGAUCAGAGCCGUGUCCCCCAACUGCAGGAAAGAAAAGUGACGGCCAUCGACCCAGCCCCUGUGUGGAGCCCCGAGGGCUACAUGGCACUGCAGAGCAAGAGCUACUCGCUGCCUCCCCCAAAACCCAGCGACACUUUGGCCAUGGACAUGCACGUCAGGACCCCCGACGAGGCCUUGCCAGGCCACAGCAGUCACUACGCCCUGGAGCGGGCUGCCCAUGCCACCGCUGACGUCCCCGAAGCCGCCUGUGAGAAGGCAGAGGAGGCCACCCUGGCUGCUCAGAGGGUGGGCGAGCAGGGGGAGGCGAUGAAGCAGUUCGACCUGAACUAUGGAAGUUCCAUCCUCGAGAACUGUGGGGCCAGCCCCGGGGAGGAGACAGAGGUGGGCUCCAUGGUGGGCGAAGGCUUCAUCGAAAUCCUGACCAAGAAGCAGCGCCGCCUGCUGGAGGAGGAGAGGAGGAAGAAGGAGCAAGCUGCGCAGGUGCCUGUCAAAGGUCGGGGCCUUGCCUCCCGCAUUCCUCCUCGGUUUGCGAAAAAGCAGAACAACUUGGGCCUGGAGCAAGGCGAUGUGCCCGUGCCGGGCAGCAGCCUGGGCACCGAGAUCUGGGAGAGCAGUGGCCAGGCCCUGCCCGUUCAGGCCUCAACCAGCGACUCCUGGACCAAAGCCGCCACGGCCUUCAACAGCUCCGAGCCCGGCUCCGCCGAGCAGGGCUUUAAGAGCAGCCAGGGAGACAGUGGUGUGGACUUGAGCGCCGAGUCUCGGGAGUCGUCUGCGACCUCGUCGCAGCGCAGCUCGCCCUAUGGCACUCUGAAACCAGAGGAGAUGAGCGGGUCCAACCUGGAGCCCAAGGCUGACGGCCAUAAGGAGCCGGCUCAGAAGCAACCCGAGCAAAAGGAUUCGGAACAAGGCUCAGCACAGAGCAAGGAGCACAGACCAGGACCCAUCGGCAACGAGCGCUCCCUGAAGAACAGAAAGGGCUCCGAGGCGGCCGAGCGCCUGCCGGGCGCCGCCGUCCCACCGGUCAACGGGGUGGAGAUUCACGUGGACUCCGUGCUCCCGGUGCCGCCCAUCGAAUUUGGAGUCAGUCCAAAAGACUCCGACUUCAGCUUGCCGCCGGGGUCUGCCCCUGGCCCCGCGGGGAAUCCAGUGGUGAAGCUCCAGGACGCCCUGGCUAGUAACGCUGGGCUGACACAGAGCAUUCCCAUCCUGCGGCGAGAUCACCACAUCCAGAGGGCCAUCGGCCUCUCCCAGAUGUCCUUCCCCACGGCCGACCUCACUCUGAAGAUGGAGUCUGCGCGGAAGGCUUGGGAAAACUCGCCCAGCUUGCCGGAGCAGAGCUCUCCGGGAGGCCCUGGCUCGGGCAUCCAGCCCCCGUCCUCUGUGGGAGCCUCCAGUGGGGCCAACUACAGCUCCUUCGGCGGCGUCUCCAUGCCGCCCAUGCCUGUGGCCUCCGUAGCGCCUUCUCUCCCAGGCAGCCACCUGCCUCCUCUGUACCUGGAUGGGCACGUGUUUGCCAGUCAGCCCCGGCUGGUUCCUCAGACCAUCCCGCAGCAGCAGCCUUACCAGCAGGCUGCCGCUGCCCAGCAGAUCCCCAUUUCCCUUCACACGUCUCUGCAGGCGUCAGCCCAGCUGGGGCUGCGGGGCGGGCUCCCCGUCUCCCAGUCACAGGAGAUCUUCAGCUCCUUGCAGCCCUUCAGGUCGCAGGUGUACAUGCACCCCAGCCUGUCCCCGCCCAGCACCAUGAUCCUCUCUGGAGGCACCGCCCUGAAGCCUCCGUACUCGGCGUUCCCCGGCAUGCAGCCCUUGGAGCUCGUGAAGCCCCCGUCGGGCUCCCCCUACCAGCCCAUGAGCGGAAGCCAAGCCCUGGUCUACGAGGGCCAGCUCAGCCAGGCGGCCGGGCUGGGUGCCUCCCAGAUGCUGGACUCCCAGCUCCCCCAGCUGACGAUGCCACUGCCCGGCUCCCAGCUGCCUUUGCCACGCUACGGCUCCGGACAGCAGCCCCUGCUCCUGCCCCAGUCCAUCCAGCUGCCUCAGGGGCAGAGCCUCUCGGUGGGGGCCCCUCGCAGAAUUCUUCCGCCCGGGUCCCAGCCUUCGGUCCUCAACACCAGCAGAGAGUCCUCUCAGAUGGAGAUGAAGGGCUUCCACUUUGCCGACAGUAAACCGAAUGUUCCUUCAGGAGGCUCUGGGCAGUCACCACAGACCUACAGGCCUAGCUCUGCUAGCCCCAGUGGGAAGCCCUCUGGAUCAGCAGUUAACAUGGGCUCUGUGCAGGGACACUACGCUCACCAGGCCAAGCCACGAGUGGAUGAGAAGCCCGGCCUGGGAGCCGUGACGCUGCAGGAGGCCCCCUUGGCCGCCUCCCAGAUGAAGCGCACAGGAGCCAUCAAGCCUCGGGCGGUGAAAGUGGAGGAGAGCAAGGCCUGAGGCGCUGGCCUGGCCGCCUCACCAUCCAACCACCUGGCCGGCCGGCAGAGAGAGAUCCUCUCUCCACUCCUGACAGCUCCGACGUCCAACCAGCUUGCCCCGUGGAUUGUGGCAUUGACCUGCUUGCUUUCAUCCGAAACGGCAACAGCCCUUCCCGUCUCCUUCCCGCCCCCGGCGGCCCUGAGGAUGCAGCGCGGGCAGCUCCUCGUCUGAGCUCAGUGCUGCCCCGCCCCGUCUGGCCCCGUCCGGCCCUCUCCCGCUCGGUGGUGCGGCAGCAGGUCCUUUCCUUUGAAGCCUUUUGUUUUAAAAAGCAGCUAAAGCAGCCAAGGUUUUUACAGAGAAAGGAAAACAAAACACGAGCGAUGUCUGUGUGGCUGAACUUUUACAUGCUCUUCGCCAGCUCCCCGACCCCGUGUCCGGUAGUGUCCUGCCCUCCUGUUUAGUUGGAUGCAUCGCUGUGAGACGCCCUCCUGCUCUCCGUUGGUUAGCCUCUGCGGCCACACGCACCGCACGAGCACCCCGUGAGCUGGGGUUUAUGGAAGGGUUUCUGUCCCGGAGCCUAAAGCCAGGGACGUGCUGGCUGCUGGCCCUGUGGUGAAGCGCGGACACAGUCACUGGUGUAGCCCAAGUUGGCCUGACGUGUGAGCAGGCAGCACCGCAGCCCCCACCCACCUCCCGCGUCUGCUCGAGGGCUCCGGCACCCAGGACUGCUGUUUCACUCAUGCCCUUUCCGGAAGCCUCCACCUUCCUGCACCUUUUUCCCCCGGACCCUCCUCUCCCCCCCCAGCCCCACACUGGGGCCUGUGGCAGGGCUUCCUGCUCCUCCCCUCCUAGCAGCAGGCCCAGGUGGUGGGACAGGGCGCCUGAGCUGAGCAGUGAGGUCAGCCUUUCCAGCCGCGGGCAGGUCCAAGGGGGAGGCUGUGUUGCAGGGCUGGCCAUGUUCUGAAACGGCCUGGGCAGCCACCCAAGUCUGCAGAGCUGCCUCCAGCAAAAUGCUCGCGUGAGCCAUUUCACACCGCGUUUUGUUGUUUUUUAACAACUAGAAUCGCCCCAGAUGCUGUCAUUCCGAGGAAAGGGAGGGGAAGGCUCGAGUUUGGCACAGGCCCUUCGAGGAACUAAGCAGCACCCACAGAGAGGGCACCGCCUCUGGUCCCAGGGGACCUGGCUCAGCCCGUGUCCCUGUAGGUGUGCGCCGGCUGCUCGGGCUGCUGCUCAGCUCUGUCCAGGGUAGGACACGGGAGAGAGGGCCCUUGGGCUGCUGGAGCAGCUCGUGCUGUGAUGACAGCUUUUAGGACGGGACACUGCCUGGCAGAGCUCCCGUCUCGCGACCUGGAGGCCAGUCUCCAGGGAAGAGCUUUACUGCUCACCUGGUAGCUUUCCGCACCCCCUUGCCUCCAUCCUUGGACCUCACUGUUCACUGGCUUCUCUUUUCCCUUCAUCUCCUGAAUCUUUACUCUGGAGUCCUGUCCUCACUCUCCUGCCCCAUGUGCUCAUCUGCUCUGCCCCUCCCCCCCCAUGAGAGCUGCUGCCUGCCCCACUCCCCGCUGCCCCAUCGCCCGCUGCCCUGUAGGAGCCACACGCUCGCUGCCUGAACACCUGGGAACCUGCCCAGACCCUCUACCUGAUUCUGGGGUCCGCUGCUUGUCUAAAGCAAAAAAGGUUUUCUCAUUGUGAGACUCCACAGAACAGUUCUGGAUGCUGUUACAAACGCAAGGUGUGCCCUCCUGGUGAUCCUGACAGAGCGACAGUGCUUGUUUGAGGAAAAUAAAAACACGGGGUCACCUGCUCUCCAGCCCUUUUCUCUGCCCUGUAUUUUUUACUCCCCCCACCCCAGUAAAACAGAAAACACUAGAACUUAUUUAUAUGUAUUGUUGUAGGUCUAGGUGAAGGAAGGAAGUGUCCCACUGCGCUAUUUAUAGAUGCGUCUGACUGACCCGUGCAGGAAGGCCAGGGGCUGCAUGCGACCCUCAGUGCUUCCUCCGCCUCGUGUGCCCAGCUGCGGGCGCGUCCCCCCCGAGACAUUUCCAGCUGGACUCGGGCAGAGGGUAGGCCCGGGCCUGCUGGCAUCCCAUCCCUUCCUUGGUCUGAUUAAAUGCAGUCUUUACUGCAGAGAUGUUUUAA